AUGCCUGCCAAAAUUAUCUUUAUUGCGGCUACGGUCAUUGUGGUUGCUGGAAUCGUAGUAUACGACAAUCGCGAACAUGUUUACGAGUUCGUCGACCGGACCCGUCGAAAGGUCAAAAAUUCGCUACAUGCUUUAGCACAAGAGAUCAACCCAAGAGAACCCAUCCCCAUGACAAGCCGCGGGCCAUUUUCCGAAUCCUAUAGGGAAAAUGAGGGCGAGAAAGAAAAACCUUAUAACGAGAAAAGAUCCGAGGGAGGAGAAAGGUCGUUUACCAAGGGAGAUGAGGCCUAUGGUUUUGCCUCUUCUUCCAGCAGGGAGCAAUAUCACAAUGAAUAUCAUACUCCCUCAGCUCACGUCAGACAUCGUGGUCAACAAUUCGGUACCAUGCCUGAAAAUCUGGUAGUUUUUGACGCAGCAACAGAAUCGUCUAGAAUGUCCACUCCUAACCUCGACCCUGUAUCUCGCCGCGGUUCAACCGAGACCCUUCAACUCGAGAAGCCACUUCCCCAAAUGCCUGCUGAGCCUCCUGCUUUGCCACCCAAGCCCCAAUCACUUGCGGUCCAGCCGUCUCCCGAGCUAUCUGUGAUCAGCGAUCCCUUUGUCGAUGUCGCAGAAGUCCAGGAGGUUACCGAGCCCAUCGAACAGCAAAAGGCAGCUUCGUCCCGAACAGUUUCUUCUGGUGAAGAUCAAGAGGAUGUUUCUAACCCGUUUGAAAGCUCCCAACCAUACUGGAGCAUUCAUGAAUGGGCCAGUGCUGCCCACACACCCUCUUCUGCUCCCAGUCUUGCUGGCAGUGCCCCAGAGGAGAUUGAACAACCCGCUGACGAUAUUCUAAGCGAUUUCGGAUCGGAUGUUGAGAGUGUCGGUAGCUGGACCGAGGUCGGAAGCUCUGUCAGUGGUGACGACAACUAA